AUGGCGUCUACUUUGAUUAAAAGCGCAGGGAGAUACCUCUACCCAGCGGAAACCUCCCGCCACGCAGCAACGAUCCUCGGCUUCCCUUCUAAGGUCUCCAUAGCUGGGGCCUACUACGAAAACGCAUGCACAGACAUUGCGAACCUCGCCUCUGCCAUCUCAGCCUUCGAACCGGUCCGCUUAUACACACGACCCGAGGAUGUGCCGAAGGCACAGUCGCUGGUCAGUCGAGCAGCCACAGCAUAUCCGGGCAAGGCGUCAAAUAUAUCUUUUAUCCCAUUCCGCACGAACCACCUCUGGGUGCGAGAUACAGGCCCAGUCUACGUCCGCGGCAGCGAGGGAAGCGGCCGGUUCGCGGUCAACUUUCGAUUCAGUGAAUGGGGCAAACGAGACCAGAUCGGAGACCAUGAGCGCGCCGCUGAUGGGCUCGAGUGGCCCGUUAUGAACGCCGAGGAACUACAGGAAAAUGCGAGCUUUGCGCGCAGAGUCAUCGAGUCGGAUGUGUCUCCGUCUGCCGUGACUGUCGUGGAAUCAAAGAUCUGUCUGGAAGGCGGGGCGCUGGUGGUCGAUGGGGAUGGGACGCUACUGGCGACCGAGAGCAGUAUUCUCAAUGAGAACCGCAAUCCCGGGCUGUCGCGGACGGAGAUUGAAACCGAGUUGCGGCGCGUGCUGGGCGUUGAGAAAAUCAUUUGGUUUCCUGGUCAGAAGGACCUGGAUGUGACGGAUGUGCAUGUCGAUGCGGAAGUCAAUUUUGUCCGGCCGGGGGUCGUGGUUCUCUCACGACCGCAUGCCAGUGUGCCUCGGCCAUGGCAGGAAGUGCAUGAAGGGAUUCGGGAGAUUCUGGGCCAGUCGGUCGAUGCGAAGGGGCGUCGGUUCGAGAUCCACAUUGUGGACGAGCCUGACCCUUCGAGUCUAGGGGAUUUGGCAUCCAAUGACCCAGCAACCAACUAUGUGAACUUUUAUUUUGUCAAUGGCGGUCUCAUUCUGCCGCAAUUCGGAGAUGUGCAGCGUGAUCGGGCAGCGCGGGAGACGUUGCAGACUCUCUGUCCGGACCGGGUGGUCCAGCCCGUGCAUGUUACCGCGCUGCCUCUGGCCGGAGGAGUGAUCCACUGCGCGACUCAGCCUGUUCUAGAUUAG